AUGCCCACGCUGCCCCUUCAUGUCACCCUGAUUGCAGACAAUAAGCCCCAUCUGCCUCCCUGCUCGACCUUCCCCGGCCGCCCCCUGAGCAGCGUGACUGGGUGCGGGCGGAAGGGUUACAGUGCACCCAUCACGUGGUAUGGGGAGGUGCAUUCUCAGCAAGCCUUCAAGACUCAGCCCAAAAAUGUGACGGUAAAAGUGGGGUCCACGGUGGUGCUGAAGUGUGCGGUGCUCAGACUCUCCGGAACCGUACAGUGGGUGAAGGACGGACUUCUUUUGGGUCCUGACCGUACCCUGCCUGGCUUCCCCAGAUACAGCAUGGUGGGCAAUGAGAAGAAAGGAGAGUACCAUCUCCAGAUUGAAAAUGUUGCACUGGAAGACGAUGCCCCCUAUGAAUGCCAAGCGGGCCCGUCUGAAAGCAGCCAGCCAAUCGUCUCUCAUUCCAUAUGGAUCAAUGUGAUGAUUCCCCCAUCGAGCCCCAUCAUCGAGGUAGAGACAGAGGAGCCUUGGGUGGCAGGACAAGAAUACAUCGUCACCUGCACUGCUCCCGAUGCCAAGCCAGCAGCCGAAGUCACCCUGUUCAAAGAUGGAACGGAGUUCACUGAAGUGGAAUCCGUCACCAUGCCCGGGUCAGAUAUGAAGCUCCAGAACACCAAGGCGAUGGUGAAAUUCACGGCCCAGAGCUGGGACAACGGCCGGGAGGUGGUGUGUUGGGCGAAGAACCCAGUCCUGGCGCAGCCCCUGGAGACCAGCCUUGUGAUGAAUGUUUACUUCCCAUCCCAGCCUCCUGUGCUCCAGGGACUGGAGAAAGAUGAAGUGACAGCGGGAACCACUCUUAAACUGGUCUGCACAUCACAUGGGGGCAAUCCACUGGCCACACUGCACUGGACCAAGAACGGUGAGGUGGUGUCCACCAGCUGGGAGGUGGACAAGCUCUCCCAGAAGGCCAGCAGUAUCCUGAUCAUGCCAGUGAAGCCGGAGGACAACCAGGCUGUGCUGUGCUGCGAGAGCGUCAACCAGGUGUCCAGACGGCCCUUUGUGCUCAGCCGCACCCUUACCGUCCUGUUUGAGCCAGCAAAGAUAAACGUGCUAGGCUCUUUCGAGGCUGUGGAAGGGAAAGAGGUGAACCUGUGCUGCUACACCACAUCAAGCAACCCUCCUGUGCACAUCCGCUGGUGGCUGGGCUCCCGUGAGCUCAAUCAGACCGUGGUGACAUACAAUGAGGGAGAACACGGGGGGAAGGUGACUAUGUCCAACCUAACCCACACGGUGUUCCGGGAGGAGAAUGAUCUACCUCUCACCUGCGAAGCCUUCAACAACGGAACCCGCUACUCCAAAACCAAGACGAGCCCCCUGCAGGUGUUCUACCCUCCUCAAAAGGUGUGGAUAGAUGGGCCCCCCAAGGGAGUCCCCCUGCGUGCGGGGGCCACGGUCAGGCUCGUGUGCUUCUCGGCUGGCGGAAACAAAAUCGGCCGCAUAACCUGGCUCAAGGAUGGCAAAUCCGUCUGGGAUGUCCAGAAGCCUGUCGUAUCAGAAAAAGGUGUUUCUAGAGAGCUCAUCCUCGUCCUUCAGCCCAGCGACAAUAUGGCCACCUACCGUUGCGAUGCCACCAAUGAAGCUAAGAAAGUCCGCUCCGCUCAGACUAAGCUGCACGUCCAGUUUCCAGCAAUCAGUGUGAAGAUCGUGCCCAAGGAGAAGGAGGUGCGCAGGGGCCAGACGCUGAUCAUGGAGUGCAUCGCAGGCAGCAGCAACCCCAAGACCAACAUCUCCUGGAGCCUCGGAACAGAGAAGUUGAAGGGGGUGGACCAGGCCCCCAAGAAAGCUGAGUAUGGGGGGGUGUCGGUUCGCAGUAACCUCUCACUCCAACUGAGCUCCCAGCACAAUGGCGUCAGGGUCAUCUGCCAGGCGUACAGCGACCUGCUCUCCGAGGGGGCCAGUACAUUCUACACGCUCAACGUUCUGUACCCUCCCGAGUUCAGCCCAGACCAACCGGAGGGGGUGCAGGCUGUGGAAGACGACGUCGUCCACCUUCCGCUGAUGGUCUCAGCCAACCCAGACGACGUCACCUGCGUGUGGAUCUUUCAGGGAGAGGAGCUGGUCAAAGAGAGAGAUCCACGGUACCACUGGAGAGAUGGGCUCGAGAUCUGGAACGUGACCAGGAAAGAUGCCGGGAAAUACAACAUCCGCUGUGAGAAUGCUGAGGGGGAGGAGCGCACCGCAGUCACCCUGGACGUUCAGUAUGCCCCCAGCGUGAGGAUCGAGACUGACCCCGUCUACGUGGAUCUGGGCCAGACAGCUGACCUGGUGUGCAAGGCGGAUGCCAAUCCUGUGAGCUCGGGCAUGUUCUCCUGGGAGAGGGUGGGGGAGGACGAAGACGAGGACCCUGGUUCACAAACCGAGGACGAAAACAUCAGCUGGUUGACCAUCCCCGAGGUCACUCGCUCACACAGCGGUCGUUACAAGUGCACGGUGGACAACGGCAUAGCGCCGGCCGCCAGCACAGAGGUCCAGCUGAUUGUGCGCUUUAAGCCUGAACUCCAGAAAGGGCCCCAUUGGAGCAAGGUGGCAAGUCGGGGGGAUGGGAGCAGCAUUGCACAGGUGGUCUGUCAGGCUGAAGGGAUUCCAAAAGUGGAAUUCUCCUGGACCAAAAACGGCAUAAAAAUUGACUUUAACAACCCCAGGUAUUCGGAGAAGAUGGUCAAGGAGGGCUGGGUCCACACCAGCACGCUCACCAUUGUCAAUGUGAGCGCAGCUCUGGACUAUGCCAUCUUCACCUGCAUUGCCCGCAACACCCUGGGCGAGGACCGGCUGGACAUUCAGCUCCUAAGUACCAACCACCCCGAUCCCCCGUCAGAUCUGAGGCUGGCAAGUGUUACCCACCACACGGUCACGCUGCAGUGGAACGCUGGCUUCGAUGGUGGUUUACAGCAAAAAUUCCGCAUCAGGUACCGCAGGCCUGCUUCUACCAGCUUCCUGUACGUGGAUGUCUUCCCGCCGAUGGCGACCUCCUUCACGGUCGACGGCCUGUCUCCCAAGACCACCUACAACUUCUCCGUGAACGCCAUCAACAGCAUGGGAGAGAGCGAGUAUGCAGACAACAACGCGGUUCUGACCGUCACCACCAAGGAAUGGCAGCCUACUGAAGAAGAACAGCCAGAAGAUGGUCAUGGCACCACAGAUCCCUUGCGCAUGCCGCUCCACUGGGCGAUAACUCUGGCCGCAGCCGGCGGACUCCUGCUGGUCCUCAACGCAUCUGGAUGCUUCCUGGCACUGAGGUGGAAAAGGAGGCGGAGUUUAUCAGAGGAAACCAACAGCAUCUCCAAGGCGAAGGAGAGUGAGGGAACACGCUCUGUGUCGGCGGAAUCCAACCGGUACGAGGGACGGGAGCCCGUCAACGUGGCCGCCCGACGCACCCUGUUGGUUGACAGUGCCUCAGAGCCCGAGAGCACCACUUAUGAAAGCUAUGGAGAUGAGGGCAGCCAGCACUACUACUUCCCCACCGGCCAUUAUCACCCUUCACUCUACCCCCAUCCAGAGGGAGCAGAGAGGCAUGUCCAAGAUGGACUUUACUCUAUGGUCCCUGAAGUUCAUGACUAUGAGGAGGUGAGGGAUUGGAGGAUGUAUGAAGAUGUGGGGGAGCUGUCCCUUCCACCUCCUCCUUCCUUAUAUUACCCUCCUUUGCCAGAGCUGCACACAUCAUGGAGACAGGCGCCCACCCUCCAUGCACCUCAUGAGAGAAGAGGAGAGGUCAUGACCGAUUUGGAGCCCCGAAUCAAAGUGUAUGAUGCAGUAAUGGAGAAUUACCUCUCCAGGCAGGAUGGCGAGCUGCCGUUCGAACUGAGAGGAGAGCUCGUUUGAAACAAUGUUUAAUGGCUUGAAUAUGA